CACAUUCACAUAUUAUGAUCUCAUUUAUUUUUUAUUACAAUAAAAUAAAAUAUUUUACUGCAAAACAUUCAUGCAAUUUUCAGCUUAACAGGAAAAUCUGAUUGUAAAACAGGCAACAAUGUUCGGCGUUAAAACUGGUCUGACUGGUGACACGAUGCUGUAAUGAAAGAGAAGGAAAGUCAAACGUUGUUGAACAGAACUGAGACGCCAUUACCGAGUGAGGGAUCGCUGCUGGAGAACAGAAAUGUGAGAGGAUUUUAGGAGGAGGUGAAGAGACUAAAUCCUGCAUUUUGUUUUUGGAAGAUUUAUUUUGAAAAUGGCUGAAAAAACUCUGGUUCGAGAUUAUCUGAGCUGCUUCGUUUGUUCAGAGACUUUCAGAGAUCCUGUGUCUCUGAGCUGCAACCACAGCUUCUGUUCAAGCUGCCUGCAGACGUUCUGGAAACAAGCUAACAACAGAAACUGUCCUGUUUGUAAAAGAAGAUCUUCUAAGGACGCCCUGAUAUUGAAUUUUGGACUGAAGCAACUUGCUGACUCUUUUGCUGGGAGGCAGAAAUCUGCAUCAUCUGAGACAGAAAAAGGAGAGAAGACGUUGCAGGUGGUGUGCAGCAGACAUCAGGAAGAGCCUAAACUGUUCUGUGAAGACGAGCAGAGAGCUGUGUGUCCUGUCUGUGACUUUUCUCUCCACCAGAGUCACAAAGUGGUUCCUUUAGAACAAGCAGUCAGUGAGCUGAAGGAGCAGCUGGAAUCGGACUUAAAGUCUCUGCAGGACAAGAGGAACAAAUACAAACAAGUGGAGGAAACAUACGAUGAUGUGAUUCAACACUCCAAGAAGCAGCUGGUGUCCACAGAGAGACAGAUCAGAGCAGAGUUCAACAAGCUCCACCAGUUCCUGAAAGAGGAAGAGGAGUCCAGACUGGCAGCUCUGAGGGAGGAAGAGGAGCAGAAGGAGAAGACUAUCAGCAGAGAGAUGAAGAGGAUUCAGGAGCAGAUCUCCUCUCUGUCAGACAGCAUCUCUGCUGUUGAAGACCAGCUGCAGAAAGACAACGUGGCGUUCCUCAGCAGCUAUAAAGACACUCAGACCAGAACCAGAACCCAGAGCUCAGUGUCAGAUCCACAGCUGGUCUCAGGAGCUCUGAUAGAUGUGGCCAAACACCUGGGCAACCUGUCCUUCAGAGUCUGGGAGAAGAUGAAGGACAAGGUCCACUUCAGUCCUGUCGUCCUGGACCCAAACACUGCAGAGGGCCGGUUGUACCUGUCUGAUGAUCUGACCCGUGUGAGACGUGGAGACACAGAGCAGCAGCUUCCUGAUAAUCCAGAGAGAAACACUAAGUAUUAUGAUGUUCGUGGUUCUGAGGGCUUCAGCUCAGGGAAACACAGCUGGGAGGUGGAGGUGGGAGAUCUUCCUGUCUGGAUUAUUGGUUUAGUUAAAGAGUCAGCUGAGAAGGAGGCAGAAGUUGAUGAAUCUCCAGAAAAUGACUACUGGUGUUUAUGGCAUGGUGAUGGAAAAUACAUCAGUUGUUCUGGUCAGACUGUCUCAGAGAAGAAGAGUCUCCAGAAGAUCAGAGUCCAUCUGGACUAUGAAGGGGAGGUGUCCUUCUACGACUCUGAAGACAUGUCUCACAUCUGCACUCACAAAGAAACUUUCACUGAGAAAGUUUUCCCUUACUUUGGUGUUGGAAAGGCUGGAGAUGCUAAAACCUCUGAGAUCAAAAUCUGUAAAAACUGACAUGAUGCUGGCUGGUUUAGUCAUUUAUUGAUAUUUUAAAUUACUGAAACGUUACAUUUGUUUUAAAAUCACACACUCAAAGUGAUGGGAAAAACUUUUGGUGAUAUUUUUGCUGCAAAGAUUUUUUAAGGUGAACUUUUUUUGUUAAAUUUGGAAACUAAAUUUUUUUUUCAUUCAGGGUAAGUUUUAGUGUUUGCAUAGAAACUUUAUUGCAAAAACUGGUUUUGUGGAAUUUAAAUGUAAGAACAAAAACAUGACAUCAGUCUGGAUUAAAUGCUGUUUCUGGUUUAUUUUCUUUAAAUUACAUUCAUUAAUAAUCUUAUAAUUGGUAAAUCCAAAUUAUAAAAUGGAGAUGAAUGUCUUUAAACUUUUAUUUUUAACUUUUGUAUUGAUUUUGCUCAUUUUGGUUUGUAAAUUUGUAAAACAGAUUUUUGUUUUGUUUGAGAUUAACUGAAACAUUAAAUUUUGAGCUUUCAACAUCUUUUGUGGUUUUUAACAGCUAACAUAGAUGUAUAGCUAAUUUUCAUUGUUGAAUCAACUAAAAAACAAAAAAAAAACUGAGAUCUAGGUUUUGUUCUUCUUUUAGCUUUAUGUAUUUAUUUAUUUUAAUAUCAGUAUCAUUCUGAGGUAUUAAAACCAGUUUGAUUUAAACAAAUGUUCUCCUCCACAUCAGAGUUCAGUGUUACUUGUCUCUUGAGGGAUGAAGCUGUCCCACAUUCCUGUUUCUGACUCAUUGCACCAAAUAUCAGGAAAUCCAACAACACUGGAAGAGUCCGGCCUUCAUUCACAGCAAACUGGAUCCAGUUUACGGCUCGACUCUGGUCACUGAGAAUCUACAAAACUCAUGCAGAGGAGGAUCAUAAAACUCAGACCUACAGUUGGUCAGCAAAUUAAGAGAAAUUGAAUAAGCAGAAGACCAACAAUGCUUUUACUUUGAAAGGAUAGGCGGAAGUUGUGCGU